AUGGAAUCUUGGCCUAUGCUGGCCUGGCUUCUGCUCCUUAACUUGAUUGCCGAUAGCCUGAAGGGAAUCCAAGCCCGAGACUUUACAGUGAAAGAUAUUGUCUAUCUUCAUCCUUCAACCACUCCAUACCCUGGCGGAUUCAAAUGUUUCACCUGUGAACAAGCGGUAGACAACUAUGAAUGCAACCAGUGGGCUCCAGAUAUCUAUUGCCCAAGAGCUACAAGAUACUGCUAUACUCAACAUACAUUGGAAGCCAAUGGCAAGAGCGUAUCUGUCACCAAGAGAUGUGUGCCACUAGAGGAUUGUUUGUCUACAGGAUGCAUAGAUCUCCAACAUAAAGGACUGAAGGUCUGCACCUCGUGUUGUGAAGGAAACAUCUGCAAUCUGCCGCUGCCCAGAAAUGCAAGUGAUGCUGUAUUUGCGACGACAACCCCCAUAAAUCACACCCAGAGACACUUGCAAAGUGCAUCAGUAAUAAUGAUGUGUCUCUUGGUAGUCUUUGCUACGUAG